GGGUGCUGUGCCGUCGCUUCGAUCUGCAUCUUCGUCUCUAUUCACCUUUCUGGACUUCAGUCCGACUGCCUCCGCAUCGUAGCCUAUUGACCCGCUUGCGUUGCUCCAUGGCCCACCCUCGAAAACAGGCCGCCGCCAAGAGCGGCAGCUGGGGCGACGAACUUGAAAGUCCCCAACCCGAUGCCGACCUCCAACCUCUCCUCGGGACAUCUGCACCCCGGCCUCGACGCAGCGGCAACCGUACCAGCGGCCUCCGAUGCAUCCUGAAUUGCUGUACCAUCACGGUGCUCCUUGCCGUAUUUCUGAUCUGCGGACUGAUGCUGAACGUCCUCAUGACCGAGCAUUCAAUGAUUGUCAAUGUGCCCCAUGGUAGUGGCGCCGGCGAGUUGGUUCACGGAGCCGACCAGACAAACCCACUGCGAGUCAAGCUGAACGAAUCGGCGACGCACAGCCACUCCGUCUCAUACGACGGCCGAGCCAUCACCAUCGACGACAAGAGGACCUUUUUGAUUGUAGGCUCGAUCCACUAUCCGCGAUCGACCCCGUCGAUGUGGCCGCAGCUCUUUGCAAAGUCCAAGCAGGCGGGCAUCAACACCAUCGACACCUAUGUCUUCUGGAACUUGCAUGAGCCCGAGGAGGGGCAGUAUGACUUUUCCACAGACUAUGCAAACCUUCCUCUGUUCCUGAAGCUUGCCGACGAUGCUGGGCUCAAGGUCAUUCUCCGAAUCGGACCCUAUGUGUGCGCCGAGUGGAACUAUGGCGGCAUCCCAGCCUGGCUCUUGAAGAAGGAUGGGAUCGUCUUCCGCACUUUCAACGAGCCAUGGCUCGGCGAAAUGGCCAAGUUUGUCCGCAAGGUCGUCGAGGAGGUUCGGCCCUACUUUGCUUCCAAUGGAGGGCCUAUCAUUCUCGCCCAGAUUGAAAACGAAUACGGCAACUUUGAGUGGCGAUAUGGCCUGGACGGCCAUCGUUACGUCCAAUGGGCCGAAGAUCUUGCUCUGAGUCUCCACGUCGGCGUUCCCUGGAUCAUGUGUGUUCAGCCCGAUUCGAGCGAAAAAGUCAUUAGUACAUGUAAUGGCUUCUACUGUGACAACUUUAUCCCCUUCCACAAGUUCACUCGCCCCAGGCAGCCGUCCAUGUUCACGGAGCUAUGGUCAGGCUGGUAUCAACACUAUGGCCGUCCCCGAGCCAUUCGACCUCCAGAAGACCUUGCAUUCUCGACCCUUCGUUGGAUUGCGCGAGGCGGCACUUAUGUCGGAUACUAUAUGUGGCAUGGCGGCACCAACUUUGGCCGUUGGUCAGGCUCCUUCAAGACCGCCAGCUACGACUACGACGCACCUCUGAACGAAUUCGGUGUCGAGAGUCAGCCGAAAUUCAACCACCUCGCCGAGAUGCAUGCCGUCCUGAUCGAAUUUGUGGAAGCCCUCCUGGCGGACGAGCCUAAAUAUGUCAAGCUGGGCACCUUCAUGAGCUACCAAGAGGCCCAUGUGUACAGCGACGAGCACGGAAACACCAUGGCCUUCCUCUCAAACACCGAUACCAAGCGGGAGGCGAGCGUCGAAUUUGAAGGCCAGCCAUUCCAUCUGCCGCCAUGGUCCGUGACAGUGGUCACCCGGCGCUCCGGAGAGGCCGAUUUUGCAGUUCGAUACAGCACCGCCAAGCUCUCGUCCGUCUCGCAGAACCUAGCUUGGAUCCAAGCACACUCCACUUCAAACACGAGCCAGAUAGUCAAGCCGUCUGUUGCCGGAUACAUCGCAGAGCGGAUCGGCAUCUGGAAUACCUCCGAAACAGUCCUGUCGACCAGUGGCCCGCUUGAGCAGAUCCGACUGACUUGGGACCAGACUGACCAUCUGUGGUAUGUCGCCAAUGUGACGCUGUCGUCUGACGCCCCCGGCGAGCUCAAGAUCGACGGCCUGGAGGACCAAGCCUCGGUCUUUCUGGAUGGCCGCCUGGCUGCUCGCGUGCAAGGCUCGCGACUCUCGGACGAUGGCAAUCGAGCAGAGUCGCUUGGACCGUUUACGAUUCCGCUGGAGCCUGCCGGCGCCGAGUCCGGUGUUCACUCGUUGGCCAUCCUCGCGACAGUGAUUGGAAUGUACAACUUUGACGCCUUCAUGGAGACCCUGCAAAAGGGCGUAAAGGGCCGGGUCUGGCUCGAUGGACAAGAGCUGCAGGUGUGGAACCACCAAGCUGGACUCGAAGGCGAACGCAAACGAUUCCACGACCCUCGCACCGACACAGAGUGGUCCAGUGGCUAUCCGAGCGACCAGGACACAGCCUUGACUUGGUACAAGCUCUCGCUCCCGCUGGCUGACCUUCCGGCCGACGGAUCGAGCUGGUACUAUGCCAUCGAUCUCUCGACCAUGGGCAGCGGCCAGGUCUGGGUCAAUGGCCAUUCGAUCGGCCGGUACUGGAGCGUGUCGUCUCCAGCGCCAAGCCAGUUCCGCAAGGAUCAGUGCCUCGCAGCAGCCAAGGACUGCGACUACCGUGGAGUCUUCAAUGGCGACAAGUGCCUGCUCGAGUGCGGCGAGAUCAGCCAGAAAUGGUACCACAUCCCUGCCUCAUGGAUUCACCAGGAAGCCCAGGGCGCCACCGCCCAAAUCGUUGUCUGGGCCGAGGACGGUGGCGACAUCGAUGGCGUCCGAAUCGCCGUCAUGAGCAACCCGACGUAUCCCCCCCAUGCAAUCUGAUGGCGCUGCUUUUGUUUGCGAUGCCGGGCUGCCUGGGCGGGCGGUUGGCGGGUGCCGCGUCCUGUGCUGUCUGUUGUGCUGCAAACAGACUUGCUGCACGCAGCUGGAUGAUGCCCCAGCCGAUCCACGAGCCCCAUUCCGGCAGGGGCCACGGGGUCGAUGCGGUUGGUGAAUACAUGCCUGCUGAUUUGCCCGG